AAUCGUCGAUGGCAAAAAUUCGCAACCCCUUUUCAAAACCCUGGCUACGGGCCUGUGUACGCUGAAGUUUCUUUAGCUAACAACUCGCGUGAGAUCGUUGUCGAUCAGACCCGAGUAAUGAAUGAAAUCUUCAGGCGUUAAGACACACCUUCGCAUUCACUGUGAAUGAACAAAAACUGUCACGUGACCCAAAAACUCAACGUUUUACGAAGGUGUUGCUUUGGUUUUCGAGAACACUUCGAAGCAAACGUAUACUGUAUAAAUACGUACGAAAAGUUAACAAGUUCCUUUGAUGGUGCGAGCGCGACACGCGUGUGUGUGUUUUUCAUGUUAAUUUCCCAACAGUCAUUGUCAGCUGUUAUACGGAUUUUGUGUUUUAUCCUAUUACCAGAUGAAAAUCGAUAGAAUAACAACGUUCGUAUAAACUUAAGCUAUCGCUAUUUUAAGAUCAGAUUUGGGUUUUUCCAAAAAAUGGAGAAUCUGUUUUUGUCAACUACGGAAAGAUAAAAUAGUCAAAAAUGCGAUAUUUUAUCAUUAUUACAUUUAUCAUUGUAGUGGAAAAAGGGAGGAAAUAAUAGGAUAAAUAAAAUAUUAUUUGCUUCCCUUGAUUUGGCCUAAUUCCAAUAAUAGUUGGCUGCACCGCUAACUCGGUCAGUCGUUAAAUUUGACAGUAUAAGUUCGUUUGGACAAAUCGUGUUAGAAUUCUCGCUACUGAAAAAGAAACGAAUAACACAAAACAGUACGAAUCUUGAAGGGAUUUUUCUUAUCAACUAUUUACGGAACAACUUUAGCGUAGUUAUUUAUAAAUGACAUGUAUCUCGAGUGUAUUUCAUCACCGCUGUGUUUUCGUUAGCUGUGUUGACGUGUUUUGGACGAGGAAUUUCCUUGUUGUGACUGUGAAAGAUUUAUCUGCAUAGUGGCAAGGUAGAGCAAUCAACUGGUCGCUACAGUGUCUCUACUAAGUGAUCCAUUGUCCUGAAGUAAUUGUGUCACAGUGUGGAAGCACUGAGCAAUCUACCUCUACAGUCUGUGGAUUUCUAGUCUUACUGGUUAGCAUAGAAUCUACAAAUUUAAUGACACAAGACGAAACUCCGAGAAGCUUUUGUAAAGCAGAAGCUACGGACCUUGAUUUAUCUGCAUAGUGGCAAGGUAGAGCAAUCAACUGGUCGCUACAGUGUCUCUACUAAGUGAUCCAUUGUCCUGAAGUAAUUGUGUCACAGUGUGGAAGCACUGAGCAAUCUACCUCUACAGUCUGUGGAUUUCUAGUCUUACUGGUUAGCAUAGAAUCUACAAAUUUAAUGACACAAGACGAAACUCCGAGAAGCUUUUGUAAAGCAGAAGCUACGGACCUUGAUUUAUCUGCAUAGUGGCAAGGUAGAGCAAUCAACUGGUCGCUACAGUGUCUCUACUAAGUGAUCCAUUGUCCUGAAGUAAUUGUGUCACAGUGUGGAAGCACUGAGCAAUCUACCUCUACAGUCUGUGGAUUUCUAGUCUUACUGGUUAGCAUAGAAUCUACAAAUUUAAUGACACAAGACGAAACUCCGAGAAGCUUUUGUAAAGCAGAAGCUACGGACCUUGAUUUAUCUGCAUAGUGGCAAGGUAGAGCAAUCAACUGGUCGCUACAGUGUCUCUACUAAGUGAUCCAUUGUCCUGAAGUAAUUGUGUCACAGUGUGGAAGCACUGAGCAAUCUACCUCUACAGUCUGUGGAUUUCUAGUCUUACUGGUUAGCAUAGAAUCUACAAAUUUAAUGACACAAGACGAAACUCCGAGAAGCUUUUGUAAAGCAGAAGCUACGGACCUUGGUUCUGGAAUAAAGACUGAGGUCCAGUCUGCAAUCUUCAAGAGUCAUUACUGUGAGAAUUGGUCCGUAGCAUGGGCACCUGACUGCUCGUAUGUGGCAUGGUCACAGGGUGGAGGCAUUAUCUACUUGCUGCCCUGGGAAAGGCAGGAGGGGAAAUUAGUUAACAAGCCAGUGAGGAAUAGAAGCUAUGACAAUCUCUCUGAGGUUUCUACAGAGCAACCGUUUAUCAGUGAUAGCCUGCCAAGACUAUCACCGCGCAGUGACAUAGUGAACAAAGAAGAUGACACUGAUGCUGACGUCAGUGAUACAGAAGUGAUAGAUAGUGAUGAAAUAAAAGUGGAAAGCAGUAGUGCUAGUGACUCCAAGAGUGUAAUCAAACAAGGUGAGGAGAACAGGCAAUGUUUCCGAAUCGACUGCAUGGAUGUCGUGUGGUGCAUGGCAUUUGGAAGUAGCAUGUCGGAGAUGAAUCACAUCUGGAUGCGUUUCAAUGCUCGCCGUGACCUCAUUCUGGCCACCGGACUUCGUUGUGGCAAGAUUAAGCUGUGGAACGUACACUCUGGUACCAUGCUUCUUGAGCUUAGUGACCACAAGUCAAUUGUGCGUGACCUCAGCUUUACGUCAGACGGCUCCUUCCAUUUGGUCUCAUGUUCCAACGACUGCACUGUGAAAUUCUGGGAUCUGAACGAUGACGGCAACAUGUACAAGACUGUUCGCUUUGCAGAAAACACCAUGGUAUGGUCCUGUUGUUGGUCUCCAAAUGGCGAACAGGUGGCAGCAGUUGGCCAGCAGAAAAAAGUGUACAUUUGGAAUACGAAGAACUUUCAGCUUGAGCCCAAGAAACUAGUUGGUCACCACCACCACGUUUGCAAAUGUGCAUAUUCCCCUGAUGGCGCUUUGCUGGCAACAGCUUCAUUUGAUACCAGGGUUUUUAUAUGGGACCCAUACACAGGGGAUUCCAUUUUGGCUCUUGGGCACUUGUUUCCCCCACCCAGGCCCAUAUUUGCAGGCGGGGCCAAUGACCACUUUGUUAGAGAUUUAUCUUUCUCCAGAGAGGGACAGUUCCUUGCAACAGUUGCCGAUGAUGGGUACCUUCGCGUAUGGGACAUCAAUGGCGAUUGCACAAACCCAAAGUGGGUGGCAGAAACUCCUAAACCCCUCAGCUGUGCCUAUAGUACAAAUGGACAUGUCAUAGCAGUUGGAUCGGGGACAGAUGGGAUCAUUGAGUUCUUCCAACCAGAGCAGAUAGAAGUGUCCCCGCUCCAGCAUUUGUGUCGGGCCAUCAUCCGAAAAAAUCUCCCCUCUCAGUCCGUAGAUUUUCUUCCCAUGCCAUCAAAAUUGAAGGAGUUCCUCAAGUACAAACAUUUGUGAAUGAUUCUUCCAACACAUGAAAUAUGAGGUCAAGCUUUGUGCAAAAGUGACAAUCAAACAUGGCAAUCAAACAUGAAUUAUGGUGAUAAUUCAAAUGUCAUUAUCAGAAGAAGAAAGAACACUUGCAACAGCUGAUUCGAUUUAACAACAUGACAUGCUGUAUGAAAUGUAGAUCUGAUUUUUGUGACAGCUGAUUUGUUUCCAUGCAUUGUAAUAUAAUAUAUAGUCAGGCCAGUUUUAUAUAUUCACAUAUGUUUAACUAAGAAUUGUAAAUUGUAUUUAGCUAGUUAUGAUAACCUUAAAUUUUUAUGUUUGCUAUUGUGAUUUAAUGUUAUGGAGGCUUGGUUAUACACUACCAGUAUAUAUCCAUAUGUAAUCUCAGAAUGUACCAGUGUGAUUGCCAAUAGUGUGAAAGGCCAGAUGUAUUUUGUGCAUGACGAUUUCCUUCUUACAUGUAUACUACAAAAACUUGUAACACUCCUUGCAUACUGAUUUUAAGUAUUUAUCCUUCUCUUAACAAAGAUCUUACUUCUUGCUUUACAUUUUACUGCAUAUUGUAGUUUUUGAAGUUUAGAUGAUUAUCAACCUUAAUAUGUUCCUUAAGGAUGCAUGGAUUUGUACUGAUAUAUCACAAAAUGUAAAUGAAUACAUAGCAGACAUCUUUUGCACAGGAUUAUACCAGAUACAUCAAAUAUUUGUUUCACACGGUGACCUUGGCUUGUAUUUGUUGUAAGCAUGUAUUGUCAGGUGUCUAUAUUAUUGAACCAUUAAGGGUCAAAACUUAAUGAUUAUUUGUCAAAAAUGCUCAAACACUAUUUUUCCAUCCUGUUUCGUAUGCUACAUGCUUGUUGAGUCGUGGGUAAUUACAAAAAAACAUUCAUAAAUAUAUGAUUAUGAUCAUUAUUAACCCUUUCAGUGCUGGAACCGAAUUUAAAAGGCCUUUGCAAACAGAUUGGAUCCAGAUGAGACGCCACAGAAUGUGGCGUCUCAUCAGGAUCCAAACUGUUUGCUAUUUUGAUAGUAUUCUUUGAAGAAAAUGCUAAUUUUAGAAAUUCAGCAGACAACAUUUUAACAGACGACAAAUUUCCCAGCAUGCAAAGGGUUAACAUAAUUAUACGCCUUUUGUCUUUUUUCAAAUGUUUAUCAUCUAAAAUAAUAAUCAAUAAUCUAAUGUGUUGAUGGUGUCAAACUGACAUCUUGAAAACAGGUUUUUGUUGAGCCGUGCAUUCUGAUUGGCUAUUUCAAUUUCAUGUUUUUCAUACUAUAAAUAGUCUUAAAACUGAUAUAGCUGGGGAGGUUAAUUUCUUGUGAAAAAAAUGUCAAGAGAUGAUGCAGUAUGAAAAAUACUUAUAAAUAAACAAUUUUGUGUUAUUAAGGAGCACUAAUGUAUAUGAACAAUAUAUAAAAGAGGAAAUAUUUGAUGAAUUACAACAUUGACCUGUUUGUUUCGUUCUUUUGAUCUGCAAAACUAUGGUGACUGUGUCAAAACACUUUUUGUAAUGGACUGCAUCAUAUGCAAAUGUUCUAUCAAGGGAUUUCACGCGAUCUCCAUACCCACGACUCAAAAAGAACCCAUGACUCAACAAGAUCCUUCUAUACAUGUAUAUUUUAAGAGAACGUAAGAUCUUAUAAUGACAAAAUAAUUAUAUAGGAGCGUAUAGUUGAAAUAUACUAAUAAGCCUAUGACUUAUACCUCAUUUUAUUUCUGCAGUAUUAACUCAUUAUGUAAAGAUAUUUGUUCACCAAUACUCAAAAUGCUUUUGAGAAAGAACAAGCCUUGUUGAUAUUUUUCUUAACCAAUUUUGUAUCGGUAUUAAUGACAUCUACAAAUCAAAUGCAUAUAUAAAUUCCUUUACCUUUUUUUUCAAAUAUGUACUAUUGCUCCACAUGAUUGAUUUUAUGCAGCAUUUUAAUUGUAAUAUUGUUGUUGUCAGUCUUUAAUGAUGCAGGGCUCAGCCUAUAUUCAAAUUUUAUGGACAAGUCACUUCUUCCUCUGCUGAAAUUGUGGAGAAGUGAGGCACCUUAAACGAGAAGUGGUUUCAGUUUAGCUUUUAAACAACUCUAAAUUAUUUUGUUCUCCUCAUUUAACAAUCAUCAUAAUGAUUAUUAAAGCAGAAAGAACUCAUAUUUAAUAAUGUUAACGAACACACUUAUGUUUUUAUGUAUUGCUAUUAUUGUUUUUAACUGAAUUUAAUUAAUAUAUUAUCAGUCAAUUUCUGGCUCAAAGUUAAUCCCAAAAGCCUUUAAGGAUUAUUACUUCUCCUUGUAAUUAGAGGGAGAAGUGUAUAUAUUUAGGGAAAAUCUCCUACCAUAUGUCUCCCGCACAGCUGAGCCCUGUUGAUGUGUGCCUGAUUUCACAGGAAAACAUUUUGUGUUAAAUGCACUACAUGAUAUGUUUUUAUUAGCUUGAUUUUGUAGAAAAGGUAAAUUUUUCUAUUUUCCAAUGAAUGGGCAUGAUGCCGCAUCCAAGUUUGGUUGACAUUAUAUGCUAGAUUCUCUGGAAUGUUUGAGGGAUUUGAUUUAACUUAAACUACCGGUAUACAUUGGAAUGAUUCAAAAUCAAUAGGUCAUGUUUGUUCAAGCUUGUUUGAAAUUUGUCAAAAUUUGGAGCCAUUUUACUCUUUAAAAUUUGCAUAUAUACUAAUAUAGUAUAACAACAAGUGUUUUGGUAAACUAGUUUCUCGUGAAUGGCUGAAGGGCUUUCAUUUAAACUUUACCUAUGUAUUCCAUAUAUUUGAAUGAUUCCAUAGGCCUUGGUGUGUUACUUUGGUUUAAUAGUUGUAAAAAUUAGGGGCUAUUUUACAUUUUAAAAUGUGCAUAUAUCCAAAAUUAACAGGUUAAUUUUUUUGUAAUGUAUUUGUCACAAAUGCUUUGACAGACAUUAUCCUUAACAUCUAUUCUCCAUAGGCCAAUUGUCUCCUCUAGUUUGAGCUCUGUUUUAAUGAAUGUUUUUUUUACAGUUUGAAGUUUUACUUUCAAGCUUCAUAGGUCAUAUAGAGCACAUCAAACUUAGAUACUAGUAUUAUCAUGAAAUAUGUUCAUAUUUAUAUUAAAUCAAACGUGGGAGUUUGAUGAAAUGUGUGCAGUCAAAGUAAAUGUCACCUGGUUAUUGAAAAUAUUCAAGUGAAUUCCUUAUAAUUUUUCAAUAACAAAUAAGGUUCAUGUAAGGAAUACAUAAUAUCCAGACCUAGCAUUGAAUGGGGUAGUAAUGAGCAAUUUAAUAAAUCUAUAUAGUCCUUGCUACUGUCAGGUGUGGCAUUAAUGAGGUCAAGGUCUAUCUUACUUGAAGGGACUUAAUCCCAGAUUGGGGCAUUGUUUGUGUGUGUUAAUUAAUGCAUUAAAUUGCUUUUUAAUAUUUAAACAUUGGAACUUAAGAGCUCAAUUAUUUACCAAAUUCAACAAAAACAAAAGAAACAUUACAAAUUAUUCAACUGUUUCCCAUUAUUAACUUUUUAUUAUUUUAUCACUUUCAAAUGAUUAUUGUUUAACCAAACUGUAUUUUCAGUUUGAUGUUUUUAAUUUGUAACAAAGCUGUCAAUUAAAAAAUCUAUGAACAAGUCUCUUUAAAAUAAAAAGGCUAUCCACCAAUUCAAUUAAUUGAGUUACUGAUAUGCAAAAAUAUGGCUUCCAUGAAACCUCAUUUGAUAUUGCAGAAGAUAGUCAAGGUCCUUUUUUACUAAAUUGUUUCCGCUAAAUCACUUAAUACAUACAGAAAAGAUAGAUGUCUGUUUCCAUAUCUAGCAUAUGAUUGAAUACAUUUUUCUCAAGGUUUGCAUUAAUAAAGUUAAGUGUUGGUGACUUGAUUGUACAUGCACUUUUGUCUUGCAAGAAAAAUCUGCAUUUCUAGUUUCUUUACAUGACUUCAGUAUUAUUCACAGUGGAGCAAUAACUUGUCCUAUUGACACAUGCCUUUCUGUGUUUUCUUUUCUAGAAAUAUUAUUAUAUGGUAUUGUAUUGCCUCUGUUAUUCUUUAUAGUGGAAUAAAUGUUUUAUCUUA